CAAGUCUUUCUGCGGGAGCUCUCGCGAGAGUUACCCCUCCGCGCGCCUCUGAGGGUUCUCGCGAGAGUUCCUUGCCGAUCGCCGACGGGGUGGACAAGAUGGCGGCCACAACGACCAUCUCCUUGAGACAUUCUCAGCCCUGUAAUAGAUUUCCAAGGGAUGUGCCUGAACUCUUGGAGUUCAAACCACCCAAAGGGCCGCGCAGCACUCAGAAGCAGUGUCCAUAGCUCCAGGGUACGGAGUCCAUUAAGAUGGAAAAUGGUCAAAGCACAGCAGCCAAACUGGGGCUCCCUCCCCUCACACCGGAGCAGCAGGAGGCCCUCCAGAAGGCAAAGAAGUAUGCGAUGGAGCAGAGUAUCAAGAGUGUGCUGGUGAAGCAAACCAUCGCCCACCAGCAACAACAGCUCACCAACCUGCAGAUGGCAGCAGUGACAAUGGGCUUUGGAGAUCCUCUCUCACCUUUACAAUCGAUGGCAGCUCAGAGGCAGCGCGCCUUGGCCAUCAUGUGUCGCGUUUAUGUGGGCUCCAUAUACUAUGAGCUGGGAGAAGACACCAUUCGCCAGGCCUUUGCCCCGUUUGGACCUAUAAAAAGCAUUGAUAUGUCCUGGGACUCUGUUACCAUGAAGCACAAGGGGUUUGCCUUUGUGGAAUACGAGGUGCCUGAAGCUGCACAGCUGGCCUUGGAGCAGAUGAAUUCUGUCAUGCUGGGAGGAAGGAAUAUAAAGGUGGGGAGACCAAGCAAUAUAGGACAGGCACAACCAAUUAUAGACCAACUAGCAGAAGAGGCACGGGCCUUCAACCGCAUCUACGUGGCUUCUGUCCAUCAGGACCUGUCAGAUGAUGACAUCAAGAGUGUGUUUGAGGCCUUUGGAAAGAUCAAAUCCUGCACGCUAGCCAGGGAUCCCACAACAGGAAAACACAAAGGCUAUGGUUUCAUUGAAUAUGAGAAGGCACAGUCUUCUCAAGAUGCUGUUUCCUCCAUGAACCUCUUUGACCUUGGAGGUCAAUAUCUACGAGUUGGUAAAGCUGUGACUCCCCCGAUGCCUCUUCUGACACCUGCCACACCAGGGGGAUUACCUCCAGCAGCAGCUGUUGCUGCUGCAGCUGCAACAGCAAAGAUAACAGCACAGGAGGCAGUGGCAGGAGCUGCAGUUCUCGGCACUUUGGCCACCCCUGGGCUCGUAUCCCCUGCCCUGACUCUUGCACAGCCACUGGGAGCAUUGCCACAGGCUGUAAUGGCAGCACAGGCACCGGGAGUCAUUACAGGUGUUACGCCUGCCCGCCCUCCCAUUCCCGUCACCAUUCCCCAGGUGGGAGUUGUGAAUCCCAUCCUGGCCAGUCCUCCAGCACUGGGCCUGAUGGAGGUCAAGAAGGAGAAGGAAGAGGAGGAGGUGUUCCAGGAAUCCGAGAGGCCGGAGAUGCUGAGUGAACAGGAACACAUGAGCAUAUCUGGCAGCAGUGCCCGUCACAUGGUGAUGCAGAAACUGCUUCGUAAACAGGAGUCCACUGUGAUGGUGCUUCGCAACAUGGUGGAUCCAAAGGACAUUGAUGAUGACCUGGAGGGAGAAGUGACGGAAGAGUGUGGCAAAUUUGGGGCCGUAAACAGGGUCAUCAUCUACCAGGAGAAGCAGGGAGAAGAGGAGGAUGCUGAGAUCAUUGUCAAGAUCUUCGUGGAAUUCUCCAUGGCCUCAGAGACUCACAAAGCCAUUCAGGCUCUGAACGGGCGCUGGUUUGCUGGCAGGAAGGUGGUGGCAGAGGUGUACGACCAGGAGAGAUUUGAUAACAGCGACCUGUCAGCAUGAACUCUACAGGAAGGACUUGGCCCCUGUCCCCUCUGCCUGUCUGUUUUUUUAGCCAUGUGUAAAGAAUGCUCCCAAGUGGGCACAGAUCUCUGUGAUGUACUCGUAGUUUGGAUAAAAGCACCAAGAAAGUUAACUUGUGUUUUUGCGUGUAUUAAAGGGACGAAUGCCCAUCAGCCAGGGCAGGUGGGUGUAGCCUCAUCAGCCUGGAAGAGUGGAGCCAGAGCCUGAAGAGGGGCCCUGCGUGCACUUUGUGCCUCACACUGUGGUCACUGCAAAAGCACUCGAGUCAGGAUCCUGCUGCGCCUCAAGGGCCGGAAUAGUGUUUUCUUCAGAAGUGGGCCAUGAAUAGUUGGGAUGGAGGAGGGAGGGGUCUCUUAGCGAUACAGCAGUGCUCAGAGGUGCUGCUGAAAUACUGUGAGCCACAAUGGGAGAGAGCUGGGGCAGUGCUAGGAGUGUGCCUUCCUGCUGAGAACCUGCAUGUUGAGCUUCAGCUCCCAGGCAGCCCCAGUGUGGAGCAGAGCCCGAAAGUGAACCAGCUGGAUCUUCUUGGUGCGUUCACAUCCUAUCUGUCCCGAUCCACAGUUAGAUCUCAGUUUUAUUGGUGAGUCGGUCACCCAUACUGAUCCUUCCUUAAUGUGCCAGAAUAAGAGUGUCAGGUCAGACCGCCAGCAUCAUAGCUGGGAUGAAGAGGGGGAAUAACUGAUUUUCACCACGUAAAGUGCUUUUAUUAAAUAUCCAGUCCUUGUGUUAUGGACAGAAAUACGGAACACAUGCCUCGCCUGAAAGAAAAGUUGGGCCUUUUUGAGGGCUCGAAGUUUUUGUAGUAUUUUGAAAACCUGAAUGCAUUUAUUCCAGUAUCUUUCUGUCUAAUUAAGAAUAAAAUUAGCUGGUGUUAACGAUUCUAAAUACUGUAAGC